AUGUCUGAGCUGCCUGCUUUCCCCCGUAUGUCCUUCCUGUUGCUUUGCAUUCUGGGUAUGACCUUGGUGACAUCUGGCUUCCCUCAGCCUCGACUACCUCUCAGAAGUCCUGAUGAUUCAGAGGAAUCUAAACGAGACGACUGGAAUGUCCUCUUCCCCUCCAUCUCUCUCCGUCAUUGGAGCAUUCAAAUGACGUCAGCACCCAGCCUCAGAGCUGAUAGCAAGGCAAGAAUGAUGAGGGAGGCGUGGCUGUUUACCCCUGAGAGGGCAGAGGCGAGUGUGGAGAGGGCGUGGCCUGCUGAAUGGUCGUCUCAGGGUGCCGGCAUGGUGAAGAGGAACAUGGUUGUGGCUGAUGACGCUGCCUUCAGAGAGAAGAGUAAACUCCUCACCUCCAUGGAGAGACAGAAGUGGCUCAACUCCUACAUGCAGAAACUACUGGUGGUUAAUUCUUCAUGAUAAUUUAGUCUUUACAGCCUGUUAUUCAGAAAAUCAAACCACCUCUCUGCAUCCUGCACUGGCAAAAAGCUUUUUGAAGGGAUACCCUAAGUCUCCGGUGGGUAUUGCUCAGUCCAUCAACUUAUGAGACAAGAAAAUAUUGUAGACAUCAAAAGUCAU